AUGACGGUGCACGCGAAGUCUAGUUCAACCAUAUCAUAUGAUUCGACUGUGUACGGCACAGCUGCGGGCUUGGAUAUCAAGGAUUUCCAGACCGUCGAGGAUUGGAAUGGCAGGCCCGCUAGUGCUUGGUCGGUGCAGAGAAUAGGACUGUUGCAGUCUAAGAUUGAAAGGUACACUUACAACAUUUAUCACAGUAAUAGAUACGGGAAGCACAAUUUGUCUAAGCUAAUAGCGGGUCACGUUCUCAUACAGUUCGCCAACGAGACCUUCGGGUAUGAUGGCUGGCAAAUGGACGUUAUAGACGUCGAGGCCCGUGAAUGCCAGCCCUUUACUGCAGUAAAUAAUGAUGAUAACACCGAUACAGAUGACGUGAAGUACACGGUGGUGGCGGAAGCUCAGGUAAAGAUUACUCUUAAGGAUGGCACAAAUACGCAGUGUGGUGGGCUCGGUAGAAUCACUUUGGCUUCGAAAGGUGAAUGUUAUAAUAGGUCGAAGAAGGAAGCCGUUGGCGAUGCGCUAAAGAAGGCCUUGUUGAGCUUUGAAAAAAUUAUACUCGAUUAUGAGACCAAGAUUACAAACAACUACUAUGUCGAUGGUUUAUAUGGUUCGAAAAAAAUUAAAAAAGAAACUAACAACAGUUUUAACUUGAGACCGAUAAGCAAUAGCAAGCCGGCUCUGAUCAAGUUGGAGGAUACCAAACCAUCAAUAGGAAAUAAGUAA